AUGUCUACUGAAUUACCCUUCAAUCAAAAAGGCCACACAUGGGAUCAAGUUAGCCCAAUACUCAGCCAUGACUUACCGCCCUCAGGAGAGUUCUACAAUAUUCCACUUUACGCUCUAAACUCACAGGGACAAGAAGUGGUUUCAUCACUAAUGGUGCAGCCUGUCAUGGAACCAACAUUGCACGAUUAUUAUGAUGAUAUUGUAAGGGAAGAAGAUGAUGAUUAUGAAGCUUUGAGGGCGAGGCAUAUGAGUGAAGAAUCAAUUCAAGGAUUGGAGGAGGUGAGAGUUGAAGGGUUGUAUUUGAAGGAGGCGUGUCCAGUGUGUUUGGAAGGGCUUUCAAUGGGGUUGGAGGCAAUGCGCAUGCCAUGCUUGCAUGUCUACCAUGAAGGUUGUAUUGUGGAGUGGCUUAGAAAGUGUAACCUGUGUCCAUUGUGCCGGUAUGAGAUGCCGACCUAA